AGUCGCUUGGCUGCAGCUGGUUCUGCCAGGUGUAAAUAUCAAACAAGGUCUGACGAGACGUUGUCACAGUGUGUGCUGGAGAUAGAGCUAUGAGAACGCGACGUUAGUUAAGCUAAAGGCAAGUUUAAUAAUAACGUUACUUUCACGGACGGAGUAAAAAUGAGUUGUGCACCGCUCAAGAGGUUCUACAAGGAGCUGCCAGUGUGGAUAGUGGAGGACCACCACGAUGUGGUGUGUCACAUCUACCGUGCCAUUGCAUCAAGAUACCUCCCACCAAAGAACAUAAAGAUGGUUCAUUUGGACUCCCAUCCUGAUCUGCUUAUCCCUGUCAACAUGUCUGCUGACACGGUCUUUGAUAAGGAGAAACUGUUCAGUGAGCUGAGUAUAGAAAACUGGAUAAUGCCCAUGGUGUAUGCUGGCCAUGUGUCCUGUGUGGCAUGGCUGCAUCCAUACUGGGCACAGCAGAUUAGAGAGGGAGAGCACACGAUGGCUGUGGGCAGAGACUCAUCCACCACCACCAUCAGAGUGACCAGUACAGACAACUACUUUCUCAGUGAUGGUCUUUAUGUUUGUGAGAAGCAUCUGGAGAACUCUAAACCUCUCAGACUGAAGGUGGUCAAAGUCAAUCCUGUCAAACCAGCUCAUUUAUCGCUCACAGAAAAGAAUACAAAGGAGGACACAGAAAGGUGGUUUGCCAAGAGACGUCGGACAGAGUGUAAUAAGGCUGGGGAAUCUAGCUUCUCUGAGCCCUUCUCAACAGCCACUGACACACUGAAACCAGCAGGGGGCAAGGAAGAACAGUGGAGCAAUGGGACAGGCUUGGGAGAGGAUGAUGAAGAUGAAGGAUCAACCAAUUAUGUUGUUAAGAGAAUAUCUGCAUUUCUAACUGAGACAGAGCCAUAUAUUUUGGACAUUGAUUUGGAUUUCUUCUCAUGUAAGAAUCCCUUCAAGGAAUUAUACACACAGGAAGAGUAUGCCAUCCUGAAGGAGCUGUACAACUUCAGAGGACCCGUCCCUGAUGCUGAUGAGGAAGAGCUUGAUGAGUGUGUGGAAUGUCGUAUACAUCAGUUAGAGGAUCUGGAAGCAGCAUUUGCAGAUCUUCUAGAGGACGAUGGAGAAGAGACAGUUACACGCUGGGCCAGCAACCCUGGUAUGGCUUCGUUAGCCCAACUGGUUUUCAGUUUGAAGUCAAGAAACCCAUGCCCCGACUAUGAGAUGGUCCAUCAGGCGGGGUUAACCUGUGACUCUGUUGAACUGCCUCACCACAUCAGCACUGAUGAGGAGAUUGACAGACUCAUCUCAGCUGUACAGCUGUUUCUGACACCUCUGCCCAAACCUACACUGGUUACUAUGUCCAGGUCCAGUCUAGAUGAAUACUGUCCAGUAGAGCAGGUGGAUUCAGUCCAGAGCAGAGUAUUGGCUGUACUGGAGGCCCUGUAUGGACCACUGGACUUACACAAAGACUAUGAAAACAGCAGUACAGAGGCUCUGGACUGCCAACCACAGGCCUCAUAACAAACAUGCACAUACACAUGUCACAUUUGGAUGUAGUGGAUGUACUGUUUGAUAAGAGAACCACAUGAAAAAUAACACAUCAGAUAUUGUUGCACUGAAUCUUGAGGUAUAUUUACAUCUUGUGUCUAACAGGUGGCAAUUUGAGGCACUUUGUUGUGAUUAUGUAAUGUAAUAACAUUGAAGUGGCUGCAGAAGUUCACCAUCCUGGAUUUAGUUUGUACAGAAGACACUGACACUGACACUGUUCACAUGCACAGAAGAGACCAGAUUACCAUCAAAAUACAGGUUACAGGAUAAGCCUGGUCAUAUUCUGUUCUUCCAUAUAGUCAACAAAUCCCAUGUGCAGGCCAAAACCAACCCUGAAUGUAUCCUACUAGCAAUCAUUUUGUGUGUGUCAAAGCCUGAUAUACAGUAUCUUAUUCCUCUGUGCCACAGAACUACAUUGUUCUCCAAUUAUUAUUAUUAAAAAAACAUGAAUGAGCCACACUGUCGCACUGGGUGACAUGUUCCUUUAUUACCAUAAACACAUACUGUAGUUUAUUUUGACUCAAUACCAAGCACAUACUGUCCUGCUAGCUAGCACUAAAUGUGUAUUCAUGUGCUAUUAAAAAUAGUGUCCAACAAAUGCAAAAUUUCUGCCUGUCUGAGUAAAGUUUGCUAAAAACUACAAGGGCCAGCUGUUAUAGGAAAUUACUGAGCCUUUUUAAAAGCCAGUUUAAAAAGGUUUAUGGGUUCAGUAGGUAGCAAUGGCUUGGACUGCGACAGAAAGUAGGGAAGUCAGAAAAUACUGAGAGGCAAACUAACACAGUGUAGGGUUUUUGGUCUUUACAUGAGAUUUGUUGAUCAUAACAAUAAUAUAGAAUAUUUCCAGCCUUAUUCUUUUAGGCAGAAAAAAUUAAUAUGUGCUGCAAUAUUCUGAUUAUAGUUGAUAAGUUUUUUUCCCCACUACCUGUAGGGGUAUGGCACUGGUACAGAAGGCACUGUCAAUGCAGUGUGUGCAUGUUUCAGAUUUCUAAAUAUCUUUCUGUUGAGCUUUGGAAACUGACAUAUUUAGUGUUUCAGCUCUUCUGAUUAUAACAGUAAAAUUAGUAAAGUUUUGUUCUGUUAAACUCCGUAUUAGAUUACUUUCAAUACACCACUACUCAGCUACAGUAAUGAUCCUCGUUUUCAUUCUGCUACACUGCUGCCAUAGUGAUAUACUCCCUGUCCUGGGUCUUUGUUAUGCAAAUGCAGACAUGUAAAAACCCAGUUUGGAAACCCAGUUGAGGGUGUGUAUGUCCAAGAUAUUAGAUUCCCCAAGCAGAAAUGUAGAUGUCUUAAUUGUAUUUUUGUUAAACCACUUAGCAUCAUAGAAUAGGAGAAGUGACGGUUUGUUUAAACAAAACUGGUGUGUUUUCACACGUUUCUGAACCCUUUGUUAACCUACUCUAUACUGAAAACAGAUUGGUGAAAUGCUUAAGGCUAUGUUUCAUGUAAAAUAAACCUUCAGCUGUCUGUAAUAUCUUAGAUCACAACUGUCAGCUGCAACACAGUAGAGUUCCCCAGCUCUACUAAAUGAGACGGAGGAUUUACCCUUUCCUCACAAAAUAAAAGAUAAUGUUGGUAUCGUCACUACAGAGAAAUAAAUUGGCAAUUGUAAAUCAGUCCGUUACCUACGUACUUGUUCACUGCCCUUGUUUAACAAUUUGAUGGAACUAAUACAGUUACUGUAUGUCAAUUUGAGGCUGGUAUGGAAAAUUGUCAUAAGAAUUUUUUUUGUUUUCAUAAUUGUAUACAGUGAACAGUAGAAGCCUCUAAAUUAACCCUUACCGAACACCAUGUCAUUUUUAUCCACUCAGAAGUUACAGUAGUAGUUCUCUAGUAGUUGAAUACUGUUUUUUAAAUAACCUUACAGCAACUGGAUAAGGAUUUUCAAUGAAAUCUAACAGAGGUGAGUGAGUUUUCCUAAAUUAUACAUUUUACACAUAUGGCAUACAGUAUAAUAACUCAU